AUGAAUGAAACACAUACACAAAUACUUGGCCCUGGAAACUCAUUAUUAUACACAAUACCUAAAGGUGAAAUUAUUAUUCCACCGUAUUGGGCUUUAUGUAUACAAAUAUUAAGUUUGCAACUACUUCAACGUAUAUGGAAUCGCUGUCGUUAUAAAACAUGGUUUACAUCAGUCGAGGUCGCAAUGUUAUAUAGGAAAGUACAUGCAGAAGACCAUAAGCCCACAUUUGUGGCAAAUGUAGCCGGUAUUGACAUAGACAUAUUUGAUUUAUUUCAAUCCUUAUGGCCAUUGGCACAUUUCAUUUGGUAUUGCAUAUUACAAGCUCAGUGUAUGACAUAUUUAACUGCAUCAGCAUGGAAAUGCUAUAAUAUAUUUGGUUAUAAAAUACAUAAUUAUAUUGCAGCUAAUGUUGUUAUUGGUCUAUCCAAUGCUCAAAUGAAGCAUUCAUUAAUAAGAAAUCUCGAUUACGAAAAAAAAACUAAUACUCAAAAGCACUACAUAGCAAUUAUUCAUAAGUCUGUUCCAUAUUUUUACCUUGUGCCAAUUCUUGCAUGGAUUCCAUAUGGUUUUACACAUAUACUACCGAUGUUUAUUCUAUACAUUUGGAUGUUUAUACUUUAUAUUAUUGGCAUAUUAAUUUCUAGUGUAUUUUUUUCGGUCAUGUUUAUAAAAUGUCCACAAUCAAGUAAAUUAGUUGAGUUUGUGAAAAGUAAGGAUUUUUAUGCAUCAGUAUGUUGCUCAAUCGGUAUCACAAGUGUUCCAUUAUUUUUUGCUGUACUUUACAAUUAUUCACAAUAUUUUUAUUUUGGUGAACACUACAUUAAAUCGAUGACAUUCGAAUAUCAAUCAAGAGAUACAAUCGUAUAUUUACAAACAUACAAAAAUUCAACACAACAAAUUGGACAUCUAAUACUUGCAAUCUUUUAG